AUGAGUACAUCUCAAAAUUCUUUAUAUACAUACAACUUGAAUAAAUUAGUUUUUGACGUUUAUGAUUCAGAAGAAACAAUAUUGAAAAGCCUUGAAGGAACGGCCUCCUUUGAUUCGAAUAAUAUUAAUGAACAGUUAAAAAAAUUGCAUUUAAAUUCUGAAAAAACAAAAAAAUUACCAGAAGAAUCAAUAUUAAAAGAUUUAUCAAAAAUAGAAACAAGUUUUUCUUCAGAUGAAAUUUUAUUAUUGAAGAAUUUGGAUAAAAGUUAUGAUAGUCAAUUAAAUGAACAUGAAUGGCUCAAUAUUCAUCUUUUAAACAAUGACCUUGAAAUUAAUAACACGUCGAAAACUAAGUUAUUACAGAAAAAUAUAAACUUAGAAGAUGGUACAAUAGAUUCUAGUUUAUUAUCAUUUUCUUCUAUUGUUGAUUGUUAUUCUGCAAAUGAUUAUAAAGAUAAUAUCCUUAUUGAGGAAGUAAGCUUUUUAAAGGAGUAUACUCAAGAAAAUGAUAGCAUAAAACAUAACAUAUUGCAUACAACUUUAAAUGAAUCUUGUAAAUCUUCUGCUACAAGCGAUACUGAAAAUUGUAUAGAAAUCUUUAGCCCAAGUCUUCAUAAUUCUUUAAAAAGUUCAACUAUUUCAGAUACGGAUUUUAAAAAAUCAGUUAAUUCAGAUUCUUUUCAUUUAAUAGAAAAUCCUAAUUUAUUUCCUCAAGUUAUGGCUCCAUCAGACAAUAAAGUUAAUAUGCAGGCUCAAUUACAAAACACUAAGUCAUCUAUAAUCAAAUCUUUGAAAUACCGUCAUAUUCGGGGAACAUCUGGUUUAAGUACUAAAAUAAUAUCAUCUAAACUUUGCUGUAUCAAAAAAACAAGUAGUUCAUCUUUAAACAGUAAAAAUACGGAUAUUUCAUAUUCUAUAGAAAAUAUUCAAACAAAAUUACCUUUAAUAUCGCAAAAAAAGGUCAUUUCAGAUAAUGUUUCUACUAUCUAUCCAACAUCUAAAAAUAUUCUUAAUUCUAAAAAUCCUAAAAUGCAAAUUCUUGAAAAUGGAAAUGCUUCAUCUAUGAGUCUUGAAUCUAUUCAAAAAAAUAUUAGUGAAAACUUUUACACACUUUCAAAAAAAAAGUUUAAUACGAAAUCAAAAUGCCGACAGGAUAAUUUUAAAACUGUUAAUGUUUUUCCAUUAAAUAUUUCUGAUUCGUUAACAUCAACGAUUAAAAAAAAUACUUCUACUAUUUCAUGUGAAAAUAAAUGCGAAAAGAAUACUUCUAAAUUUUUGCCAAAAUCAUUAUCCAGAUCAUCUACUUUAUCAAGGCUUAGUUUCAAGAAAAAUAAAGAUGUAAAAAAUGGACAUUCUAUUCAUACACAAAUCCCUCUUCCUUCUGAAGGUUUGAAGGUACAUUUUUCUAAAGACGUUCAUAUGGAAUAUAAUAAUAAAAAUAUCUCUCAAGGACAAUCAAAUUCAUAUUGUAAUUCUAAGAAUAUUAAUUUCUCAAAAAAAGUUCAAACUAGAAGUUUUUUACCUAAAUUGAAAUCUAAUCAUAAAUGUUUAGAAAAAAAAACAAAAACAGGCAAUAUAUCCCCUCUUCCGAAGUUAGAUUUAUUAAAAGUAACACCAGUGUUUGAUUCAUUACAUGAAAUAUUUAAAAUACCUCCUAAAGAAGUUGCUUUAAGUUCUGACAAGGAAUUAUGUUAUCCAUUAAAACAGAAUUCUAAAGUUCAAUCUUCAUACAAUGUUGAAUCAGAUGAAAAUAUAACAAAAUUGAAACUAAAUCCUAAUACAUUAUAUAUUGAUGAUUUUGAUAAUGAUAUAAUAAAAGACGAGUUUUGUAAAUUGAAAUUUAAAAAACAAAAGUUUCAAAAAGAUGAAAGACUUUCAGAUUUUUUAUAUAAUGAUAAAAAUAUAAAAUUAGGAAAAAAAGGAAGUCUUAUAGAUUUUAAUGAUAUUAAAUCAUUUCAUUAUUCAUCAUUAACCCUUUAUGAAAUUGGUGAAAUUAAUGAUUAUAUAGGAUCUAUUUAUUUUAUUGGUCGUCCAAAAGUAAAAAAAAAUGAUUUUUCUACUCAUUUUUGUGAUAAUAAUUCUGGAUGUGAUGAUGAUAGAGGAGAUUAUGUUGUUAUUAUAGGUGAUCAUAUUGCUUAUCGUUAUGAAAUUUGCAGCAUUCUUGGUAAAGGAAGUUUUGGUCAAGUUGUUAAAUGUUUCGAUCAUAAAACAGGACAGGCAGUUGCCAUUAAAAUUAUUCGUAAUAAAAAAAGAUUUCAUGUUCAAGCAUUGACUGAAAUAAAAAUACUUAAACAAUUAUCUAAAUGGGACCCAAAUGAUAGUUAUUCUUUUAUAAAAUAUAUUGACCAUUUUUAUUUUCGUGAACAUUUAUGUAUUGUUAUGGAAUUGUUAGAUUUGAACUUAUAUGAGUUAAUAAGAAUAAAUGGCUUUAAAGGAUUUUCUCUUUCAAUGAUCAGAUGUUUUACAAAACAAUUGCUUCAAAAUUUAGUUUUUUUUAAAGAACAUGGAAUUAUUCAUUGUGAUUUAAAACCAGAAAAUAUUUUAUUAUGUUCAGAACUUAAACCUAAUAUUAAGAUAAUUGAUUUCGGAAGUAGCUGUUUUGAAAAUGAAAAAAUUUAUACAUAUAUUCAAUCCAGAUUUUAUAGAUCUCCCGAAGUUAUUUUAGGUCUAGAUUAUGGAAUAUCAAUUGAUAUAUGGAGUUUAGGUUGUAUUUUAGCAGAAUUAUAUACCGGACAUCCUAUAUUUCCAGGAGAAGAUGAACAUGAACAACUUGCAUGUAUAAUGGAAGUUCUUGGUUUUCCUGAAAGUUGUUUGAUAGAAAAAAGUACCCGGAAAAAAAUAUUUUUUGAUUCUUUAGGAAAUCCUCAUUCUACUAUAUUUUCAAAAGGGAAGCGAAGAUCUCCUUCUUCGAAAACACUUUCUCAAGCAGUCAAAUGUAAUGAUAUAGUUUUUCUCGAUUUUUUGUCUCAAUGUUUAUUAUGGAACCCAGAAGAUCGUUUAACUCCUGAAAAAGCGCUUAAGCAUAAAUUUAUAACGAAAGAGUAUCUUGUAUAA